AUGUGGGUUUCUCCGUUUAUUGCGCCCACCUUUCGGCUUGUUGCUGUCGACUUGUGCUGGUACCUGAUCCGGCGCUACUGUCAACCACCUCCGUCGCCAGAGUCUGUCGUCAUUCGGUGUUCGCUGUCUGGUCUGGCCGCCUUCACCGAUUUUUUGAACCCGCGUCAUCCCUACCAGCGCGUUCGUCGGCAGCUUCCAGCGCAGGCCUUUUUCUUUGAUACGGUCGGCUUCGACCCAAGCUCGAAGAUUUCUCAGAGAGCCGACAUGGAGGGCAAGUUACGGUCGUAUUGGGCGCAGCGGCGCGGUUAUGGCAAGCCCACGGAGAUUGCGCUGGGCAUUUCCGAAUGGGAGCGCUACCACUGGAUCCCCUCUUUUGCGGUCAGGCGCUGUUUUGCGAGACUUCGCCGGCACAUCGAGACCUACAAAGCGUAUUCGGCGAAGCGAAAGGCAUAUCUGUUGGCAAAGCUGUAUCAGAUCGUAGCCGCGUGGAUGAAGUACGAUCGUGAGCGAGGGGCGAGAGCUGAUAACAUGCGCGUCAAACUGAUCAAGAACCUGUGGUGCGGGGCCCUAAGUCGUGACGAACCGGACGUAAAUCCUGAGGUGAUCUUUGAGCCUUCGGUGCUCGGUUAUGCUUUCGAGUCACUCGCUUGGAAUCCGAAGGGCAGUGACUGGAUUUCGGAGAUCGCGGCCUUGGAAACUCGCGAACCCUGGCGAAUUGGCUGGAUUGACGUCCCUGAGCAACACCCAUACAAUACGACGAUUGUCCCGUGCAACCCGGGAGUUGAGCUCUUCGUUCCAGUCGGGUUCUCGCGUGAGUCAGUCGGCCGACGCAUCACUCCGAGCUCAUUGCUGAGGGCUAGCGAGAUCUCGUCAGGCUCGGACGCUGACUUCCAAGGUCCUGCUUCACCAGAAGUUGCUCCAGAGUCUUCACCUGCUGUUCCAGAUCUUCCCACCGGUCCACUUCAAGCUGUCCAAACCACUGUGCAGGACGAUCCUGAUCUCCUCGGCCUCUUGGCCAGCGCUGCAGCUGACGGCACGGUUGAGAUCUAG